CGCCAAAUUAAUUUCAGGUGAAAGUGCACGCUAAACGACUUACCAGAGAAGAUUGUGUUUCAUCUUUGCCUUCUUUCUACCAUUACCUUUACCGGGAGGAGGGAGGAGUUGAAGGAGAUAAAAGAGGUAUGUCUAUAUGGACGCAAAGAGGGAUAGGGUAUGCUUUUAGCAUGCAAAGAUCACUCGGCCAUUCCUCGCGCAUUCAUUCUUCACAAAAGAGUACUAUACAGCCUUUCCGCCCUUCAAUAUACUCUUUUACAGAGCUCCCGAAGCGAUUCUAUGGCAACAAUGAAAGGUAUACCGAAAGCGAGAGGGAUGACAAAGAGGACGAUGAAGUUAGUCACACAAGAUGUACAUCAAAUAAAAGUGGGUCCUCAACACUUGUGCAUCAACGAAUGAAUUCUCAAGCUGUGCAAUUCUUCUCUCCAAGAACGGACAGGAUAGUCAGUGAAGAAGCGCUUGAAAAUUUACUCAAUCAUUGCGAUCGUGCUAUUGUGCUCUCCAGAGGUUCUUCCGAUGCGAACUCUUUUUGGACAGCAAAAGAUCAUCUUUUUCAGGCUACCCGCAUUUACGUGGACUUGGUCAAACGAUCAUCGUUGAAAUCUGACAUUGAUGUACUAUCGUACGAAACAUAUCUUAUUCGUAGCGGAUAUGCGCAUGUCAUUCGAACAAUUGGUGCGCUCAUUGGUCGGGAUGGGGUAAUUGUCUGUGCAAGGAUGAUGCAAGAUCUUUUGCAAUGGGAAAUGGACUUAUUAGACAUGGAUUUUGAGAGUGCGGACGGAAGCGAUGCUUGGCAUAAAAGAAGGAGGGAAAAACGGUCGAUGGAAAACGGAGCCAAUCAAAAACCGCUCAAACUGGAUGAGGAAGAAGCAAUGAUUCUUGAGGAGGCCGUUCUUUCAUCCGGCCCUUUUUUGCAAGAUUUAACACCAAUUCUCUACGACAUAUUCAACGAUCUCACUUCUGAAAGCGUCAAUCUGUACAGUUUCUCACGUAAGUUCAUAAGCAAAGAGCACGAAUCAAUAGCAAUGGAGCUCAGGCUACUUUUAAGGCAAGUACCACACAAUGCGUGGGAGCGUCCACUUUCUAUGGAAUGGAAUCGAUUCCGAACUUCGACUGAAUCGUUCAAUAGUGCCAGCUCCGUCAUUGAUGCAUCGAUAAGGAUGAUAGCACAGGCAUAUGCAAAAAGCGCGCAAACUUCCUCCACUGUGCAACUUUUAUUGGAUGAAAUGGCGUAUUGCAAUUCAACAAACAAGCAUGUUGUACUUUUGCAACAGAUGGUCACCCAGUCCUUUCGAUAUCAACUUCGCCUGGUGACCAAAAUUUUGAUCGAUGAAAAUGAGGCAGAUGCGAUGAUACUUCAAGAGAAGCUUAAAGAGCUCUUGGAGACAUUUGAUCGUAUACUUUCGAUAUCAUCUCGAGGUGUAGGAAAGCUUUGUUCUACACGAUCAUCUCCAUGGCAUACGAAAAAUUUCACGACUAUUUUGCGAUGCUUGUUCAACUCGAUAAGGCUCUUUGAAAAUCCUAUAUAUUGGCACCUCUUCGAAUCAGAAGAAAAAGAGAAAGUGGUACGACUUUCCUUCAAAUUUCGUUCUUGGUUGGAGCACUGCAUUGAAGUCAAUGACCAAAUAGACCGAGCUUGUCUUCCAAAAAAUUCAGGCAUAGGAGUUUUCAACAUGAUUUUGCAUAACUUCAUGGUCUCUUCUCCGCUUUUUGGCAAAGCUUCGGUGGGAAUGGCAUCCAAAUUGAUCGAUAACAUGCUUACUUCCGAUGAUGCACCGCAACCUGAUGAGAUUACAUUAACGAUCCUCAUUGGGAACUCGGUAAAAUUGAGGGAUGCAAAACUUCUUCGAUCGGCCAUACUAGCAGCUCAUUUGUCUUUGAGCAAAUAUAUAAGAACGAAGUCUGACCGCAGAAGAUAUAAUGCGGAUUCUGUUAUGUGCAGUUUAUUACGGUAUGCUGCCAUCUCCAACGAUCGAGCUCGAAUUAUUGCUUUGCUAGAUGCGGCCAGAUUUGCAUCAUUGUAUCCUCGUCCGCUUAAUGGAAAAAAUAAAGCGCUUCUUGAUGUUGCUCAAAUCUCUGCGCAAAAGGUUAUUGUGUUGCUUUAUCCAUCCCUUCAAAUCGAUCGACCUAGAAAACCGAUUAAACGUGUGCGAAUACGGAAGCUCAAAGCAACUAGAAAACGCGAAAGGAAACUUGGAUCUCUUCAUAGUGACCCUCAGGCAAUUGAUGAGAAGGAGAAGGUUAACUUUGAUUUUCUUGAUGAAAGUCAUGUUCCACUGCAAUUUCAUCCGUCCGUACUUGUAGCAGCUCUACAUUUUGCUGUUGAAAAAGGAAAUACCGGCCUUGCUGAACGAAUUUGGAGAUUAUGGCUACGAGUGAUAAAGCGACAAGCUUAUGCAGAAGGAAACGUGGAAAAUUAUGUCACCGUCCGUGCAUUGACAAUGUUGAAUGGAUUAUACGCAAUGGAGGUUAGGCGUGACUUCAAAAGGAAUGCACGUUUGAAAGCUUACAGCGCUAUGAUCGAUUGUCUGCCUUCUUCUGUGGGUCCAAGGAUUUAUGGUGCAAAGAGAGGACAUAGGCUUGCACUUUCUUUACGAUCCAGAAGGACUGUAGUCGGUUGGGCAUAUGAAUUGGGACGUAAUCCGAAUAUCGAUCCAGAACUGGCAAAUCGUUGGAAAAAUGAUGGAAGUUUAGUGGCUAGAAAAGUUACACGAUUAAGAUAUCUUCAAAUGAGAGAUUUUUGGUUGUCAAAUCAAGAAAACAAUCAUUCCUCCUACACAACCGUAAAAGAGGCAUUCGAGAAUUUCAACCUGAAUAAAGUGUCGCCCAUUCCAACUUCGCAAAUUGUGCCGUCAGAGCGACCUGAUCAUCCAUUCUAUCGGAGCUUACUUUGCGUUUUCCGUGAAAAAGGUGAAGAUCGUGGUUGUUUUGAUGAACGUCUCCUUCAACAAGACGCUUCGUUUUUGGAAUUUUUCAGAUUGAUUAACAUUGACAUGGAAACGUUUGGCCUAGAAGUCCCUUCGGACCUUCGUAUUUGGAUCAGUAAACACGAUCAAUGAUCACAAGAGAAGAGAGAUUAUUGAGAAAUCUUAAUUUAACAGUAUACCUUGCGAUGUACAUCAGGAAAGGAGCAUUUCAAGACAAUAAACAAUGUAUAUU